CUUUCUGAAUGGUAUAAUUUUAUAAAACAAUCGAAUGAGUAUGACGAUGAGUCCUAUGAACUUGAUGAAUCUGACGAAUUUGAUGAACCUAAUUAUAAUUCAAAUGAACUUAAUGAAUCUGACAAUUUUGAUGAACUUAAUGAGCCUGAUAGUCAUGCUGAGCUUGAUGAAUAUGAUGAAAAAUUAAUCAUCAGUGAAUUCAUGGCUGCUGAUAUGAAAAUUCAAGAACUUUCAAUAGCUUUACAAAUGUUAAACACACAAGUAUAUUUAUCAAUACUCUUGAAAUUGCUCAACAAUAUAAAGAAAGAAGCGACAGACUUAAAAUAUAUAUGG